UGUCAUUUUUGGGGAAGAAGCCAGAUAUUGAUUCGGUUUGGCAACCGCAAAUCUUCGCCGGACUAUGACACAAUCAAGUAGACGCGACUGGUUUCGUAUCGUGAUUGAUGUCGAAGAGAAACAGUAUAAUUGAUGGUGGAUUUGAUUGAGGAAGAAGGAGAACAUAGACUACUCAAUUGGAAAUGGAGAAUUCAAUCGGUUUGAUGAGUUCAAGAAAUUAGAGUUUUGGAGAAAAUUAGCUUUGGCAAAAUAAUGAAAAAGAAAGUGCUUAAUUAUGAAAAAAAGGAGAAAAGUAAAUAGAUAAUGACCGGUCCUAGUUUGCUCGAUUUAGAAUACAAAGGGUAUUGGUGACUUUUCAUUGCUUAGAAGUACCUCACAUGCUGUGAGUAUGUCAAAGUGUAAUGGGGAGGCUAAAAAGUAUGUCUAAGGGUAAUAUUUUCACAAAUUAUAUCCAGAUCUUCUCCACCAAAUGUUUACCCGUUGGUUCUCCAAUCGUCUAUGUCGUGAUGCGACUGCAUCCUUCACUGGCUCUCGAUUGGUUUUGCUCUUCCCAUAAUUGCUCCGCCUCGUCGACAUCCCUAUCGCCUCAUCUAAGUCGUCUGCUCUCGCGUUACGUCGACAAAAUUCCGUCGUCGAAUCUUGGUCUCGCGUAAUCACAGUUUCGCCUCCGUCGCCUCUUCUCUUUCUCUCUCACGCUUCGGGUAAAACACAAAUUUUGGAAUGGUGAAAUACAAAAGUCGCCGAUUAAAAGUUAAAAGGGGUAUUAAUUUUUACCUCUAAACGUUGGGCUCACAAAUUUUCAAAAUUCGAACACACUAACUAGAAAAAACCCACGUGAACCACCAAAUCUAUUCAGUUACCUUUAUCAGGGGCAAAUUAUGAUAUUUCACACAAAAACUGCCCCAAUAGAGAUAACUGCCCCAUGGUGUAAAAUAAACAUAGAAACUGCCCUGCAGUGAAAAUCACUCUCGUUGGUCCAAGAGGUUGCUUUCGGAAAUCGCAGGCAAGGGUUUAGCUUCAAAAAGUAGAUUUACUUAACUUUUAUUUUAUUUUAAACUACGUUUGUCCAAAUCGAAGUGAUGUGAAGCAGUGAAGGUGACCAUGUUCCUUACAAAUUCAUGGUUUUGUCUUGUCGAGAUUCAAGCGCGGGGCUCUAUAGAACACACGUAGAUGGGACUAGUCACUACUUAGUCACCACCAACUUAGAUUUUCUAUUUGUUUUACAGUAAACCUGGUCAAAUUUGAGGUACUUUUUAUAUUAAAUUAUUCUUCGUGCAUUGACUCACUCUACAUGUAGAUUAUUUAUGCAUGAGUCUUCUUAAUAAAUGGUGGAGGCAUGCAAUAGAGAUUAUUUUAACAACAGAGAAUGCAACAGGGUUUUUUUUAACCAGAGCCGAUCAUGGUCAAAGACUUAUGAAACAUUUCUCUUGAUCCCUAAAUUCUUUUUUUUUGUGGACAAAAUCCCUAAAUUCUUAAAUUAAUACAUAAGUCUUAUGCCUUUCAAUUUAUAAAUAUUUUUUAUUAAAAUUUAUUUUAAAAUUGCUGUAGUUCUUUAAAUCUUAGGGUUGGUUCUGAUUUGAAUCCGUAGAAAACGGCACGACAAAGAACAAAUGACAAAAACAAGUUGGUAAUAGUGUAAUGAUAUAACAGUUUCAGUAAUAAGAAAAUUGUAUUUGAAUAUUUAAAGCUGUAUGUUUUAUAAAUUAUACCGUUAUAUAAUAGUAGUUCAUUUCGCUAUGCUAAAAAGGUUUUGUUUUCUGUAGCAGCAGCAAAAAGGGUUCUAGAGCAUGAAAUUAAGGAGCAAAAUGGUGUGUCACUUGCUGACCAUGGAAGUGCGGCGUCACUUAGACCGACAGUAGUCAAAUAAUGCAAAUACCAUACAAAUUCGUCUCUACACUUUAAUUAGAUUAGCCUAUUUUUGUAACAUUGUAUUAGCUAAAAUGUUAAAGUUUAUAUAAUUUCCUACUGUUUUAGAAAAAAAAAUACUAUCUCUUUAUUAAUUAAUGUAAUACAUAUUUAAAAUAACGAUAAAUUAGUUUUUAUUUAUAAUUUUUGUAUUUGGGAGUAUAGUUACAUUAUUUUGUAGUAGCUUUUUUCUGCCAACGUUGACUUCUUAUCUAAUCCUUUUUUUGCUGUUAAGUUCAUUACUUAACAAAAGAAAGCUUUUUUAUAUAUGCAGCAACAAAAAAGACGUUAUAUGCAAAAAAAAAAAAAAUUAAAGGAAAUAGAAACUUGCAAAGCUGUAAAGUUGGCUUAUGAUCUGUUUUUAGUUGAAAUGUUUAACAUGUUUUGUACUAAUUCUUAUUUAAUCCAGUUGGACCAAAUUGAUUUUCUUGGUGUAAUCUUUAUUGGUGAUAAACAAAUUUCUAGCUGGUCAGAAUUUAUUUUGUUCAUAUAUAUUUUUUUCCUUUUUUCUUUUUGACAUCUUGCUAAUUUCAUUUUUUACAGUUACGGAUUAACUUUUUUUAAUAAAAUCUGAUGAUUUAUGGACUAAAUUGUUUAAACGAACUAAAGGAAAAUUCAACCAAAACACUAAAUUUAGUGUUAAAUAACAUCAUUUUCAUAUAUAAAUACCUGAAAUCGUAAAGUAUUUGUAAUAUUAAGUAAUAACUAGUUUAUUUGUAAAUCGAUGCACAUACGCUAUAGUUAAUGCACAACCCACAUAUGCUAUAGUUUGUAAAUCUGAUUUUCGUUCCGUUUUCUUAUAAAUGAGAACGAAAUUUCAAAAUAUAAAAAGACAGUCUAGCAUUUUUGAACAUUCUUAUAAUUGGUAAUUUCAUAUUACAUCGCUACAUAUAUAGUUCGCUGUUUUAGUAGUUACUAACCAGAAAAUGGUAAGAACUAAUUAACAAUAUCAAAAAAAAUUAUCUGUUUUAUACCAAUAUUAUUACUAUUUUAAUCUCUUUUAACUAUUUUGAUACUGUUUACCAUUUUGUAUCCAUAUUUACCAAUUUGUAUAAUCAAUAGAACCAUUCAAAAGUUGUGGAGAACUGUUUUCAUGAAGUGUUCUUAAUAUUCGUUAUAACAUACAUUAAUAGAGCCAAGUUACACAAAAACAUACUUUAAUCAAUCACAACCAAAACUGGCAACAUAUGAGUUAUAUAGUAUGGUCCCCAGCCUUAAGACUAUGUCAUAUCAGAUCAUAGGCUUUUAGACCUAUGGAAUCCACCGGACUUUGGUGCAGUAUCAGUUAGUUUUAGCUUAAACAUUUAACUAAUAACUAAAUUUUAACUUGUGAUUAACUACUAAACAAUUUGUUUAAGCCGAUAAUAGAAGAGGCAAUCUGAGUCAAUGGGAAACUACAUGGAGACACACCACCCCCCUCUUUUUAUUACGUAGCUAUAUCAAAUAGUUUGUUUACCAACUAACAUAGGUACUUACUACUUUUUUUUGGUCAACACAACAGGUACUUAUUACUUAAACAAGAAGAUUAUAGCUUUCUCAAUAUGCACUAAUUAAUAACUCUCAAUUGUGUUAAACAAUGUAAUUGACUAAUUUCAUCUCCAAUAAAACUCCAAUAAUAAUAUUAGAGGUGAUUGGUUAGACGGUAACUGUAAAAAAAUUGCUCUAGAAUUUAAUAUGUAUGAUUUUUUUUAUUUAGCUGCAAGAGAUAUAACUUUAAAAUUUAUUAUUAGAACAAUAUAUUUUCUACAGUCAAAAAGAUGAAAUUUUAGAAAAUGAGAAUUUUACACCUAUUUUUUAAUUUUUUUACUGUAACUUUAAAAAUCAGUAUAAAAAACGAUUUAUGAUUUUAGAGAUUAUAGAUAAAACUAAAGUUAAAGUAAAUUCUUAUAGUCCAACCAAUAACCCCAAUUAUCUCAUCUAAUUUAUUGUUUUGAUAUUGAAAACCUUUAAGCAAAAAAAAUUAUUGUUUUGUAAUUAGUGUUAUACCAAAUUUUGAGGUAACACUAUUUAUCAUAACAAACAUUUAUAUAAUAUAUUUUUAUUUUCAUUUAAUAAUAUAGUUAUAUUAGUGUAAAUAGUGUUAAUUAUUAACUUAACGUUUGUUCUUUCUAAAAAACAUUUAUAUAAUAUAUUUUUAUUUUCAUUUAAUAAUAUAGUUAUAUUAGUGUAAAUAGUGUUAAUUAUUAACUUAACGUUUGUUCUUUCUAAAAACCUAAUAUUUCUUCGACUCUUUUUGACUUGUUAUUUUUCAAAAUUAGAUUAUGGUUUCUUUUACAAAGUUGGAAUUAACAGAAUAAUUAAAGCAAAGUUGCACGCGAGGUGAGGCAGACCCGUGAGUCAGAUUUUUCAUGUGGAGACAGAGUGGCAGUCACGCACGUGUCACAUGUCUUUCAUGUAAUUUAAAAUCUUCAAAAAAAAUUAAAAAUGUUUUCUCCCCUUACUAUUUUAAAACUCAUAAACAGUUGUUAGUAAAAAAAGUCAUAAAAAGUACCAUAAUUGCAGGCAUUAUACACGACUGCUGAAAAAGAAAAGAAAAGGAAAAGGAAAUAUUCGUUAAAAUAAAAUUAAUCCUAAAUAAAGGGAAGAGGGAGAGAAGUCUCUUGAAAAAAGGAAGAGACAGAGCGGUACGAGACUGGGGGUCCACGUCAGACGGUUCUGUAAAAGUUUUAGAUUCUGACUUUUGCUAACAUGCACACUUUCAGCCCCGUAAGAAAAUACUAAGCCUAGGCAUUCGGAUCGUCGGAUCGGAUUCGGGUCGGGUCCUUUCGGGUCCGGAUCUUUCGGGUCUAAGAGUUUAGGACCCGAUAGGGUAAUUUCAAACUUUCGGUUCCGGGUCGGUUCGGGUCGUGCCGGGUCCGGGUCGGGUCGGGUCUUAGAUAGUUAGACCCAUUCGGGUAAUUAGAAUUUAUCGGUUCGGAUUCGGUUCGGUUUCGGGUCGGGUUUGGUUCGGGUUCGAUCUAAAAAAGACCUAAAAAUACAAAAAAAUAUCUGAAAAUAUUUAUAUAUCCGAACAUAUUCAAAAUUUUAUUCAAAAUUUGUGUUUUUAUUAUAUUAAAAUGUGUAUAUAUAGUUAUAUACUAAACUAUGCGAAAUACAACAACAAUUCGUUGUCUCCUAGUGGUUGACUCCCAUAUUCUCUAGACAAAUAACAUGUCUUCGAUUCUCCCUUGAUGCAUUUUAUUUAAUUUACAUUAUUAAUUCGGGUACCCAUCGGGUUUCGGGUUCGGGUCGGGUCGGGUCCAAGACCCGCGGGUCCUCUACAACAAGACCCGAUAGGGUAAUUUGAUCGGGUCGGUUCUUACCCGAACCGGGUUUUUUCGGAUCGGUUUCGGGUCGGAUCUUCGGGUCCGGGUAAAAUGCCCAGGCCUAGAAAAUACUACAGCUGUAUUAAAAAAUUGCUGUCAUCAAAGUGUUGCUUUACUAAUUUACGCAUAAUAAAACUAAGGCUUCUUUGUAUUAUUCAAUCUGAAAUGUUCGUUUCUCGUCACCUUUGCUAUGUACGUAGCUUUAGUGCAUAAACGUGCAUAAGAGCAGUUUAUGCUAAAUGUUUACCUUUAUUUAUUACUAAAAGGUCGCCUCUUGACGUCCCUUUUCUUUUCUCAACAUGUAAUCAACUAGCUUAAUACCAAAAGAGUACAAGAAAAUAACACACUUUUAUGAGACUUUUCCACGGCAUAACUUAUUGUUUGAACCUUUUGGUUGAAAACAUAACUCUAUUUUACAACUGUUGUAAUGUCCAUCGCUUUUAUGCCAGCUUACAGCAGUUAGGGCGAGCAUCAAUUUGACAUAUCAAAUCUCAUCACCAGAAGAAAGCUCUGCCGCGUGGGUUUAGUCCGGGCCUAUGUAGGUUGCGUGUGAGUCGUGAAACCUACGCACAUUUUGGCCAAGUUUGUAUCUGCCACUGACUCGUGGAUUUUUUGUAGAAGAAAGCGUUCAAAUUCACUUCGUAUCGUCAUUUGGUUAAUUUUUAGUUUGGUUAUUGUUGCACUUGUACACUUGGUUAAUUUUUAGUUUGGUUAUUGUUGCAUCAAACGCACAACACAUAACAUUGAUACUCCGCCACAGCAUGAAAUAAAGAAUCACAUAUUUAUUCAAAACUUAGUUAAAAUUUAAAUGCACUUUUAUAUCAAAGAUGUAACUAGUCCAGACGUAGGUCCUUUAUCAGAUUUGUUUUUUGCUUAAUCCUUUAUCAAACUUCUGAACAUACAAAAAUGCAUUGAGACAAAAAAGAAGGUAGAUUGGAACGACAUGGUAAUAGCUACUAAAAUUAAAAGUAUACAUAACAAAAACGUAGCGAUCAUGAAAGAUUUGGAUAAAUCUCCAAAGGGAUGGCAACUUGGCUCACUUCACAAUCUGACAUCUACCAAAAUCGACCAAAAAAUGGUCCACCUAUCACCCACCGUAUACAUCUCUAAACACAAUUCCAAUUUUUUAAUACUAUCAUAAAUUUUGGCUAAUUAUAGAAACUAUAAUAUAUGAUGACACGAAUUAACACGAUUUUAUCAACACUAGAAAGAGUUAUAUAUGUUGACAAAAAAAGAAAGUCAUAUAUAUAUAUAUAUAGUUUAGCGGAGAAGUGGUCCCGUGAGGGCAGAGAGUGGUCUCUUGCUGCAUACAAGAUUCGACCACACCUUUUUCUAACACCGAUUCGACCACACCGUAACCAUAUAUUUUUUCGUAUCUUUCAUUCUCACCAUCUUUUUUUUUGUUCAAAUCACUCUCACCAUCUAUCUUUUCUUUAUUUCCAUCAUCCCAUGUACCCCAACAAUUAUUUCUUUUUAUGGUCUUUUCACUGAAAACCAUAACUAUUUUUGGGUUUGACUGGUAACAGUACUCGGAAGAGUUUUCUAACGAGAAUAGAAACUAGUAAACGGUGACAAAAUUACUACAACCGGCAAUAAAUAGUUGUAUGAUGAUACUGUUUUCCGUACCGUUAAUUAUUUCCGUUUCUGGUCCGGGGGCCAACAAGUCCUUCUCUCGUUGUUGUUGUUGACCAGAACUCAUACUGCACACCAACUAAUAUUCUAAGACAGUUAUACUCUUAUAAUCGUAACAACAAAGAAUUACAAACAGUGUGUUGAACUAUUGAUGUAAUGUUUAGAUUUGGAUCCAUUAUGCCUAUGAUUCGAUUCCCUUUGAAAAGGAUAUCUUAUGCCAUGUCUUGGUAUUAGCAACUGCUGCUCCCGGCUAGAGGAUAUUAUUUGGGCCUUCCCGAUUAUUUAAAAACAAACAAAAGGAGUUUUGUAGACAUUAUGUUGUAAAUAGUAACAUAGUGUAGAAAAGCUGAGAUAUGCUUGUUUUUUUUUUUGAAAAAGUAAAGGAUUAAAACCCGGGUCUAUUAAAGACACAGACCCAGGGGUUAGGACUGAGAUAUGCUUGUUGUGUAUGAUAUUACUCUUCUGAUUUGCUUAGAUUAUGUGGCGUUAGCAGUAUCAAAAUCAACUAAAGAAUAUGACUAUUUUAACAUAUUGUGGUGGUUAACAUAUAUAUACAAUGGUAGAAACUGCGCAAUAAUUAAUGUAGAAAAUGAUACUUUAGAUGAAAUUAAACUGACAAUUAUGUCACAAUCUUGAUAAGCCUAUAACCGAUCUUCUAAAAUUUGGACGUUGUUCAGAUAACCUAGUUUUUUCACAAGUUAAUAUAAAUUAAAGGAUUUUAAGAACUAAUUAAGCAAUGAUGUUUAAUGUUAACAUCUUAAAUGAACUCUAGAGAUGUCUAUAUAUCUUCUAGGGUUGGCUUCCACUUUAACACCUAAGAAGAUGUCCGAGUCAGCGCAUUAGUAUGAUCUACAGCCACUUAAAAUUGAUCAACUGAACGAAAUAUGUUGUAUGCUUUACUCAUCGUGACGCACCGUAUUACGUCAUAAAUGAGCUAGAAUUAGCAAUAGUAUUAUACUUUGUUCUAAUUACUGUGAUAGUAUAUACAUAAGUAUCAUGUGUUGUCAUCUCUUGCACUUAAUAGAUGGAGUUGUAUCAUGGAAUGAUUAAACAGGUCAAGGAGAGGAUAUGUCGAAAACCGAGCAAAUGGUUGGGAUAAAUAUAUAAUCGUAACAUAUACUUUCAGACAAUGCAUGACAUACCCUUAAUUAUAAGUCUGGCCAUCAAAUCUAAUUUUAAAGUUGAUCGAUGGCAAUUUCACUACAUGGGGACAAUAAAUUGAAUUGGGUGGCAAAGAACAUUAUGAAUACGGUCACGCGACCAAGAAUUUAUGAACAAUUAAGUUGUAGUAUCACAUUAAGUUGUAAUAUGUUUAACUGGGCAUAUAAACCGAGAACCGAACUCGAUACCGAACCGAACCGAAGUUUACAAAUAAACGAACGGUUCCUAAAUUUUUAAAACUGAAAUCCACAACCGAACAGAGAACAUAAUGGAUAGUACUUGAAUAUCCGAAUACAGUUUAUAUUCCAAAAAUAAUGUUAUAUUUAAUUUUAACAUUACCAAAUAUUCUAAAAACAUUAUUUAUACACCAACUAUCCAAAAAACCAAGAUUACCCAAAUGUUUUUUUAUCUAAAAUAUUUAAAAUUAUUUGAAUUACACUUAACAACUGAAUCACUCAAAUAAUUCUCAAUUAAACUAUUAAAAUUUAUUCGAAUUACUCAAUUUUUGAACCUGAAAACCGAAAUAAUGGAACUGAGACCGAACUAGAUUUCAUAAAUAAUAAAACGAUUUCUAUAUCUCUAAAACCGAAAAACCGAAAGAACUGGAUCGGAACCGAACCGAACCGAAAACCAAACACCCUGCUAUUAUGGGAUGUUCUCUAGCUCACGAUUGGGGUUUUGCCUUGAAUCUUCCGGGAUGUUCCUACAAACACCACCCCCUGACGAACUUAUGAAAGAAAGGAGAUUCUGGAGGAUUUACUUCACUUUAGUGAGCACUCAUGUAACCAUAAGCCUCUCUCCACCCAUCUCUUGUCAAAGUGUAGGCACUUUAAUUAGUAGAAUAGAGACUGGUAUUGAGAAUCGUUUUUAAAAGAGUCAGGCACUCUAGUAGAAUAAGAUUAGAUUGAGAAUCGUGUAAAGUGCGUAGGAGGUGGUAAAGAUAGCAUAUGACAUGUAUAUUUAUAAGAAUGAGUGGAUUAAGAGAUGUGAUUAGUGAAUUGAAACUUCAAUAGCUGCGGUAAACCAUGGAUUAGGCCUAAAGGAUUUUGUUUUGGUUCAGAUAUGAGAGGAAGUAGAUGGAGGAACUUAGGAACAAAGCAGAGAGUAAAGAUGAAAAAGCUAAGAAGACUUCAGCAGUUGGAGGGUCAAAAAAAAAACAGCUGAAAAGAAUGUGACAAAGAAUAGAACAUCUACUAGAAGACAGUGACGAUUGACGAAGCUCCUGGUGAGAGACUGAGAGUCAUUGACUUGCUGCUUCCCAAGCUUCGACAAGAUUGGCUAAUAUGUAAGUCACCACGGCCGUCUAACAGCACGCGCAAGUGGAGCGGUCGAACAGGGCCCCGAAAUAUAAAAAUAAAAGAUUUAAGGCUUUUUGGAAAUAUAUAGAUAAAUUAUGGUAAGAAACUUUAAAACUUUAGAUAUAAUGCUAAAUUUAGAACUUAUAAUUAAAAAAAAAUAAGAUAAAAUUAUUAAAUUUUAAAAUUACUUGAUAAAAUGUACAACUAAUAUUUUUUUUUGAACAGGGCCUCAAAUUAAUUUGAGACGGCCCUGUAAGUCACGUUUGUUUCUUUCUCUUCUUAAAAAAGAUUACAAACAAGAGAACAUAUUGGUUUUCUCUUCUUAAUUGUAUAUAUGAUGGACUUGUUCUUGUCUCAUCAUCAGUGCAUAGCUUUUGCUCUAGCGACAUUGCAAAACAAGACAAAUUCGUUUUAUAAAAAGCCAGACUCUUUGUUUUGGUUUGUGUAGUAAAAAACAAAAAACAAAAAAAGCUUACAACUUUUGACUUUGAAGGUUUAUCGCAGAUUACUCGUGUUUUAUGGCAGUACCAUCUCUUCUCCGCCGUUCGCCCACCGUGUCGUCUCUUUGGUCUUUCUCGACCCAAUGUUUUGUCCGACGAACAGCUUCACUCUCUCUUCCGACAGAACCUCCUCCUGUCCCCAAAAAGAUCCCUUUCUCCGUCACAACUCAUGGCGUCACGAGACAAGACCCUUACCGUUGGAUGCGGAACACAAAAGACGCACCUUUCCUCGACCACCUCCACCGCGAGAACUCGUACGCUCAAGCUUUCAUGUCUGACACAGAGACCCUAAGGCGUGACUUGAUCUCCGAGAUGAAAACUCGCAUCCCCGCAGAGAUUGUCACUCCCCCAGAACGCUGGGGACAAUGGUUAUACAGACAAUACAUCCCCAGAGGAAAAGAGUAUCCUCUUCUCUCUAGGAGACUGGACAAGGCUGAAACAAACUGGCUCUCUGUUCUUGAUUGGAAUCAAAUUGCUGAACAGUUUGGUUAUGUUCACGUUGGUGUUUGUCGUGUCUCACCUGAUCAUAACUACCUCGCCUACACGGUUGAUCCCAAGGGCAACGAACGUUUCCUUCUCCAGAUUAAGGAUCUUAGAAGUGGUUGUUUGGUUCCUAGGCUGGAAGUUGAUGGAGUUGUGAGCUUGGCGUGGGCGUUAGAUGGAGUCAGCUUGUUUUACACUGUUGUUGAUGAACAUCAACGACCUCACAGGGUUGUUGUUACAAAUGUUGAAUCAGACGGGGGUGGUGAUACUGUGGUGUUCUCUGAAAGUGAUUCUAGUUUCUGUGUGGAUAUUACGAGUACUAAAGAUGGAAAGUUUGUUACUAUCAAUUCGAACUCGAGGACUUCGUCCGAGGUUUAUAUAGUAAAUGCGGAGAAGCCACUGGCUGGUUUGCGAAGGGCUCGUGAGAGAGUCCAUGGUGUGCAGUGUUUUCUUGAACAUCGCAAUGGAUACUUUUACAUUCUUACCAAUGCUCCCACGGAUGCAGCUAGUGAGUGGUCUGGUGAAGGGUAUUAUUUGGCUAGGUGUCUAGUGGAGGAGAUUGAAUCAUCGGAAUGGCAGGUUGUUUUCUUUCCAGAUGAUGAUGUGGUGAUAGAAGAUAUGGACAUGUUCAGUGACUAUCUAGUGCUUUUCUUCAGUAAGAAAGGCUCACCUAUGCUGUGUUCUAUUGAUAUGCCCAUGAAAGCAAAUACGAAGCAAGUGGAGGAUCUUAAUCCCUGGUACUUUCCUCUUCCAGCUGAUUCAUGCAGUGUUGCACCUGGCUCAAACCACAACUUUCAAAGCUCAGUUUACCGAGUGGUCCUUUCAUCUCCUGUGAUUCCUGACACUAUCAUCGACUAUGACGUGUCAAGAAGAUCAUUCUCAAUCGUCCAUCAGGAGGGAAGAGUAACAGAUGAUCUUGAUACUAGUACGCCAUGGUACCGGGCAGAUCACUCUACAGACAAUAAUGAUAGAACCACUGAGGGAAUGCCUGAAUGGGAGGAACUAUCUGAUGCUUAUGUUUGUGAAAGGCAAGAAGUUUCUUCACACGACGGAGUCGAAGUCCCUCUUACAAUUCUGUAUUCUCGAGAAGCAUGGAAGAAGAGCGAGUCACCGGGGAUGUUGAUAGGUUACGGUGCUUAUGGAGAAGCCCUGGACAAAAGCUGGUGCACAAAUAGAUUGAGCAUGCUUGAUCGUGGUUGGGUGAUUGCCUUUGCUGAUGUGAGGGGAGGAGGAGGUGGUGGGGAUUUUUCAUGGCACAAAUCAGGAACUCGAUCAUUGAAACUAAACUCAGUUCAAGAUUUCAUCUACUGUGCGAAUUAUCUAAUGGACAAGGGAUAUGUGCAUAGACAUCAUCUUGCUGCUAUUGGAUACAGCGCAGGAGCUCUUCUUCCAGCUGUUGCGAUGAAUAUGCAUCCAAGCCUAUUUCAAGCUGCCAUUUUGAAGGUUCCUUUUGUAGACGUCUUAAACACAUUGUCAGAUUCAAACUUACCUCUCACACUUUUGGACCAUGAAGAGUUUGGUAACCCAAACAUCCAAACCGAGUUUCAAUCCAUCCUUAGCUAUUCUCCAUAUGAUAACAUACGCAGAGAUGUUUGCUAUCCGUCAAUGCUUGUCACAUCUUCGUUUCAUGACUCAAGGGUUGGAGUAUGGGAAGGUGCUAAGUGGGUGGCUAAGAUACGGGAGAGUACGUGUGAUGAUUGUUCACGAGCUGUGAUUCUGAAAACGAAUAUGAGCGGUGGCCAUUUCGGUGAAGGUGGUCGCUAUGCUCAAUGCGAAGAGACUGCCUUUGAUUAUGCUUUUCUUAUCAAAGUCAUGGGUUAUCACAACAAUAGAUAACAGAACUGAUUUUUGGUAGAAAGUCAGUUUUAGAGACUGGAAACAUGAUUCAAGAACUUGAAACAGAAUCUAAUAUUCCACAAGAGAUUGUAUUUGAUAGGUUACAAUGAUGAAUGAUAUGCAGAAGAUAAUACAAAGUC